CACCACCUCCUCAGCAAAACCCUUUGCUCCCUCCAAAACCUCCUCCAACUACUGGUGCAGUCAGCAGUAACUCCAGUUACAGUCAUGGCCACUACUUCAAAUCCGAAUGUGGAGUUUGUGAGAACAGGCUAUGGGAAGAAUAUGGUUAAAGUUCUUCACAUUCGCCGUGAAGGGAUUCAUCACCAUAUUACUGAGCUGAUCGCAGAUGUUCAGUUAACCCUGAAGACACGCAAAGACUACUUGACAGGAGACAACUCUGAUAUCAUCCCCACUGACACCAUCAAAAACACUGUCCACGCUCUCGCCAAACUAAAAGGAAUUAAGACCACUGAGGGCUUUGCCCUGGAUAUCUGUGAACAUUUCCUCACAGCGUUCAAUCAUGUCACAAGAGUGAGGGUCAACAUUGAUGAAGUUCCCUGGAAAAGACUGGAAAAGAAUGGAGUUGAGCACACACAUGCUUUCAUCCUUUGUCCUGAGGCCUGGCACUUCUGUGAGGUCGAACAACAUUUGAGUAUGACUCCAGUGGUUCACAGCGGUAUAAGAGAUAUGAAGGUACUGAAGACUACUCAGUCUGGAUUUGAAGGCUUCCUGCGAGACCGUUUCACCACUCUGACAGAUGCAAAGGACAGAUUCUUCUGCACUUCUGUUUAUGCAAGAUGGCGCUACAACACACAUGUGAAUGUGGCAUUUGAUGCUGCAUGGAAAAUUGUUAAGGACACCAUCAUUCAGAAGUUUGCGGGACCCUACGAUCGUGGAGAAUACUCUCCGUCUGUUCAGAAAACUCUGUAUGAUAUACAAGUUCUGGUACUUGACAGAAUUCCACAGGUAGAAGAAAUUGAGAUAAUUAUGCCAAAUCAGCAUUAUUUCAUCACCGACAUGACAAAAAUUGGACUCUCAAACAAGGAUGAGGUUUAUCUUCCCCUUGAUAAUCCAUCAGGAAACAUCACAGGCACUAUACGCAGAAAACCACGAGCCAAAAUGUAGAGAAA